GUCCUGAACACGUCCAAUUGCCCAACUGUGGCGCCCGCAUGGCCUGCCCAGGAUUUGUCCUCUAGAUCAAUACAACCCCUUCAGCAUCAACCUCCGUAUGCCUUUCAACCUGCGCAGUUCUUGUGACCCGCGUGGUCAGUGAUCGGAUUGCGGCACCACACACCGAUCUCAGUCAAGAUAGAUUCAACCAUGGCGUCCGUGGGUCUGGACAGCCCUGUUCAGAUGCUGAGAACCGGUCAUCUCUGGGCCGGCUUUGCCGUGUUGUUUGCGUGUGGAUUCAUCGCAGUCAAUAUCUGUCAGGGCAUCUACAACCUCUUCUUUCACCCUCUUGCCAAGUUGCCCGGGCCGCGGACAUCGGCGUGGAGUAACAUUCCGUACAGCUAUUGGUUCCACAGCGGGCGCAUGCCCUACAAAAUACUCGCCUUACACGAGAAAUAUGGAUCCGUCGUUCGCGUGGCCCCCAACGAGGUCUCGUUCAACUCGCCGCAGUCGUGGAACGACAUCUACGGCUUCCGGCAGAACCAUAAGACCUUCAUCAAGAGCGACUUCUACGAUGGGGGCCCCUUUGCCAGCCGCGGAGUGCACUCCAUUGUCAGCGAGCGCGGCGUGGACGAGCACGCCCUGAUGCGGCGCCAUCUCUCCCAUGCCUUCUCGGACCACUCGCUCUCGGAACAGGAGGCGCUCGUCGCUGAGACGGUCGACAGAUUCAUCCGCGUAGUUGGUGAGCGUGGUGCCCGCGAGGGCGGUUUUGACAUGGGCAAGGGGCUGGAGAUGAUGACGUUCGACAUCAUUGGGGACCUGGCCUUUGGGGAGACGUUUGGAGGCGUCGAGAGCGACCAGCCUCACCCGUGGAUUUCCAUUGCCAUGGGUGCUCUUCGCCAAGGGGCGCUGGCAGACACAUUCAAACGCUUCCCAACCGCCGCCGAGGUGUUUCUGGCCCUCUUUCCGGGCAAGAUGGCCAAGCUAAUCGAGGACACCAAGAACAACGAGGAGCUGGCCAUUGGGCUGACCAAUAAGCGCAUCCAGCGCCACGAUUCGGCGCGCAAGGACUUCAUGACCCGCAUCCUAGAGAAGCGCGACCCCGCCAAGGUCUCGGACUUGCAGCUGGCUGCCCACGCCUCCGACUUUGUCAUUGCCGGCAGCGAGACCACCGCCACGGCGCUUGCCUGCAUCCUGUACUACCUGCUCAAGGACCGAGCCGUGAUGGAAAAGCUGUGCAACGAGGUGCGGACGUGGUUCACAUCAUACGACCAGAUCACCUCGCUGGCCACACUGCCGUUACCGUAUUUGAAGGCCGUCAUUCUGGAAGGUCUGCGGAUCUACCCGCCGCUGCCAUUUGCCUUGCCAAGGGUAGUGCCAGAGGGCGGCGAUACCGUGGAUGGCAUUUUCCUCCCGGCUGGAACCAUAGUAAGCACAAACCCGGUGGCGGCUAGCCUAGAUUCCCGGUACUUUAGCGAGCCGAUGGCCUUCAAACCAGGGCGGUGGCUAGCCUCGAGCGGAAACACGCGGGACAACCUGGCCGCCACACAGCCAUUCUCUCUCGGUCCCAGAGCUUGUCUUGGAAGAAAUCUGGCGUGGCUGGAGCUGCGGACAGUUCUGGCGAAGCUGCUCUGGACGUAUGAUCUAAAACUGGUGAAUGAGGAAAUCGACUGGCACCGCGAUUCGAGAAUGCUGACGCUCUGGAGGAAGCCCCCGCUGUGGGUGAAGGCGGAGCACAAGCAGGGGCGACCAAUGUGAGUGUGAGCGGCUGAGCCAGCACUGCGGCAGCAUGGCUUGGCCUGGCCCGAUUGGGAAAUUCCCGAAGGAGCAAUGCAACCGCCUGAGAAGUAGUUAUGUGAGGGCCCAGGUAGAAAAGAGAGAGAGAGAGAGAGAGAGAGACGUGACUUGUGCUAUAG